UGCCAGAAAUAAAGGCGCAGAAGAAGGACACUUACCUCCUGCUUACAGGAAACGUUGAGUUCAUCAGCCCGCUGUCUGUGUUGUCUUCAUCAAAGUAGCCCCAACAUAUCGCUGGUCCAGAGAGUGGAUGCUGCCUUCACGUCCUGCUGGUCUCCGUCCUCCCAUUUUCAGCUGAGCCUCAACUCCAAAUGUUUGCGUGUGUGUGCAAGUUGAUGCCCACCAUGUCCCCGUGUCCCUCAACGCUCCAGCUGACUCUAUUGGUGUGUCUUGGCCUCCUCUGUUUGCUGCUCUUCACUGACUCCCCAGGAUCUAAGAAGGGCCCAACCCAGCCCCCGAACACAACACAAGCUAACUGCUCUGCUGCUCACACUGGAGGUGUUUGUUCCCCGGGUGAUGAUGGUGAUGUCAGUGAAAAUGCAACCGCUGGGCCCUUAAAAGCCAAACCGGAGGACCAGUUUCCCACCAACUCAUCUUUGCCCACCAGCCACACCUCGGUCAGCCGCGCGUUAAAUGACUCUGUAGCGCAAACUCCGCCUUCCACCACCACAGGCUUGGCCACGCAGGCGGCUCACAGUGGAACCACCACCACCAGCAGCACUGGUGCUGCUACAGCCGCAGCUGUACAGCCUGUUGGGAAUGUAGUCACACCCACUUCACUGGGGACGUCUGCUGCUACAACACCUACGUCUACAACACUAAUGACUACAAAAACAGCAAUAACUACACCACGGUCUGCUGCUACAACAGCAACGUCCACAACACUGACUACAGAAACCACAGCAAUAAUUCCCCCGUCAGCUGCUACAGCAGCGGCGUCUACAACACCACCUGUAACGGCAACAUCAAAAGCCGCAGUUCCACACCCUGAGACCUCUGUAAAAGCAAGAACCAGACUUACAACGGCUAACCCAACCGUUGCUUUGACUACAACCAAUGGUACAAAGAUGUCCCCUCCUCCACCAUCAGUUGCCACGCCACAUCACGCCCUGAGUACUGAGAAGCCACCAGUUCAGACCUCUCUACCCACAGGACCUACUACCAGUCCUAGCACGCCGACUGGCCACAGCGCGCCUGUCGCCCCGGGACCCAGAGUUCCCGCGGUGGACGUGGCAGGGGCUCCUCUAACCAAGCAGCUGGUGGACACGGCGUCCUUGCUGUCCGUGCUGCUCUUCGGCCUGCUCUUCUUCCUGGUCACGGUGGCCGUGUUUGUCACGCAGGCCUACGAGAGCUACCGGAGGAAGGACUACACCCAGGUGGACUACCUGAUCAACGGCAUGUACUCUGACUCUGGGGUGUGAGGGAGGGCGAGGAAGAAGCGAAGCACAACGCUUGGAGGUUGUUUUUGUGCUUGGAGACGGGAGUAAAAGACGGACUGGGAGGUAACACGCUGGUGCUCUGAAUUCACGAGGUGACUUCAUGGAAAAGUAGGAAUGGACUGAACUGACCCAGAAGCAGUCGCUGAUCUGUUUCCCUCUUAACAGUUCCACUUAGCGCUUUGUCCUCUCUGCUUUUCCUUCUUUAAUGGUUUGAAUGUCAAGAGCUUGUCCCUGUUUAUCCAAAUGUUGAGCAUCAUAAAUGGAGGUUACAUGGAUGUAACUCGAGUUCUAUGCGUGCGUGCAAAGCCCUUUGCUGUUGGCCCACGAAGGAAUCUCCGCCACAAUGCUGGGCAGACCAGCUGUAGAUGGUUCCAGGGCUGUUGGACCAAUCAGAAGGCUUCCAAGGUGAUAACAAGCUCAACAGAUGAUUUUUCAUGUUUCCAAAAUAUCUGUCAAAUUGUUUAUUGUAUCUUUUUAGAUGCAUGUAGUCACACAGAGGUGCAGUGCUCAUUAAAGAAUAGGAAUAUCAA